AUGACAGGCUCCUUUUACCCUGAGGACAGGGGUUCGAAACUCACCCCAUCCAUUUUGACAAUUUCACUCUCAGCGGUUCGGUUGAACCGGUUUAACGAGUUUGACCGGUUUUUGCCGGUUUACUCCGGGUUUGACCGGUUCACACCGGUUCGUCUUGCUAAUGAAGAGACUGUUAAUUUGCGAAACGGAGUCGAAUUGGCCACAUCAGUCUCUGAUAAACAUGUUAAUCUUUUGAGGCCAAGUGUACCAAGUUAUCCAAUUUUUAGAGCUCAAGCGCCAGAUGACACAGAGCAAGAAAAGGGAAAAUAUUAUUUGAUUAGAGAUCCAGAGGACUUGCAAAUUGGACUUUAUGACAAACCCCUUCCAUGUUUUGGCUGCGGAAUUGGAUGGUUCUCAUUCCUUUUAGGAUUUGUAUGUCCACCUCUGUGGUACUUUGCAACAAUUCUCUAUUUCAGAAAUUACUAUCGAAAGGAUCCUAGGGAAAGGGCUGGUCUUGGAGCCUCCGCAAUUACAGUAACUUCUUUCCCUCUAUACAUAUAUUUAACAAUGUUACAACGAAAUUUAUGUCUUAUUAGAACAAUCAACAAAUGUGUGUCCAUCGUGUUUAUGUCACUUGGUAACAAUGUGCAAGUAAAUCCUGAAAAUCUAAUCGGUUAUUGGUUUAACCAAAUUUUAAUCAGAGUAUUUCAGCUUCUGGGAACACACAGCAGAUGGAGGAACUUGACGCAGACUCUUGCAACCAGAGAUACUCACUUCUCUAAGAUUUGA